ACCGUUCCUAAGUCACGAUUGGCGAAGGCCGCCGUCAGUUCGGAGCGUCCAGGCGCCCGCCCGCCCACUCGCCGUGUCGCCUGGUGCCUGCGCCACCCGCACCUCCUCCUCGCCUCUCCUCUCCCGGCCCGAGCCCGGGGAACCAGAGCGAGAAGCGGGGACUAUGUUCCGACGUAAGCUGACGGCCCUCGACUACCACAACCCUACUGGCUUUAACUGCAAAGAUGAAACAGAAUUUAGAAACUUUAUUGUUUGGCUUGAAGACCAGAAAAUCAGACACUACAAGAUUGAAGACAGAGGUAAUUUAAGAAACAUACACAGCAGUGACUGGCCCAAGUUCUUUGAAAAGUAUCUCAGAGAUGUUAAUUGUCCAUUCAAGAUUCAAGAGAGACAAGAAGCAAUUGACUGGCUUCUUGGUUUAGCUGUUAGACUUGAAUAUGGAGAUAAUGCUGAAAAAUACAAGGACCUGGUACCUGAUAAUACAAAAAAUGCUGACAAUGCAGCUAAAAAUGCAGAGCCAUUGAUCAAUUUGGAUGUAAGUAAUCCUGAUUUUAAGGCUGGUGUAAUGGCUUUGGCUAACCUUCUUCAGAUUCAGCGUCAUGAUGAUUACCUGGUAAUGCUUAAGGCAAUUCGCAUUUUGGUCCAGGAGCGCCUGACACAGGAUGCAGUUGCUAAAGCAAAUCAAACAAAAGAGGGCUUGCCUGUUGCUUUAGACAAGCAUAUUCUUGGUUUUGACACAGGAGAUGCAGUUCUUAAUGAAGCUGCUCAAAUUCUGCGAUUGCUGCAUAUAGAAGAACUCAGAGAGCUACAGACAAAAAUUAAUGAAGCCAUAGUAGCUGUUCAGGCAAUUAUUGCCGAUCCAAAGACAGACCACAGACUGGGGAAAGUUGGAAGAUGAACAUUUUAGGAUUUCAGCCUCUUACCUACUUAGUACAGUUGGGAACCAUGUAUGCUCUGGCAUGUGUUUGGAAAAUCAGAUGUCACAUUUUCGAGGGAAGAAUCCCAGAAAAUUGACUAUGUUCUAGAGAUUUAUCAUCGUUGCUUUUUCUUUAAUAAAGUUUGGGAAAGUGGA